AUGUUCGCCAAACGCGCCGCACCCAAAGGCGUCCGCAAACGCCCAGACCCAAAAGCCCCUGAGGGGCCCCCCGAGGGGCCCCCAGGGGGGCUCCCAAGAGGGUUCUACGGGGGCUUCCUCGGGGGGCCCCCCUUCCCCAGGGGGGCCCCCUCAAGAGGGGCCCCUGGGGGGCCCCCCCGGGGGUACUUGUGGACGAAGGAAGGAAAGAGCGAGAAGCAAAAGGCGACGGACGCUCUCGCGCAGCAAAGCAACCCCGACUUGGGUUUGGACGACGACAACCGGGCGACUGCGAGGCUGGAGCUGGACGCGGGCCGCGGGGAAGACAAGCGGGCGCUGUGGGAGCGGCGGCUGGAGAUAAGCGAAACCCUAAAAAAGGGUUUACUGGAGCCGGGGGUUUACCGGGGGCUGGGGGCCCACCGGCUUUACUCCAAACCCUCGCGGGGGGCCCUCCUGGGGGCCCCCCGGGGGGCCCCCAACGUCCGCUUGACCCUCUACGUGGACUAUAAACCCGAACUUUGCAAAGAUUACAAAGAAACAGGGUAUUGUGGUUUUGGAGAUUGUUGCAAGUUUUUGCACGACAGGACGGACUACAAGGAGGGUUGGCAAGUCGAGCGCGAGUGGGAGCAAAAGCAGCAGCAACGACUCGAGCGGCUGCGGCGGCAAGCGGAAGGCGAGGGUUUGGUGUCUUCUUCUUCUUCUUCGGAAAGCGAAGAAGAAGACGAGGGUUUGCCUUUUGCCUGUUUGAGCUGCCGCAGCAAAUGGACCACUGGCAGCAGACCAGUGGUCACCUGCUGCGGCCACUACUUCUGCGAGCAGUGCGCCUUCGCGGGCUUCCGCAGCAGCAGCAGCAGCAGCAGCAGCAGCAGCAGCAGCAGCAGCAGCAGCAAGUGCAAAGUGUGCGGCAGGGACACCUACGGCAUCUUCAACGAGGCUUCGCAGCUGCUCGCGCAGCACGCCGGCUGCUGCAGCAGCAGCAGCAGCAGGAAGAGCCCCUGCUGCAGCGGCAAGAAAAAUAGCAGCAGCAGCAGCAGCAGCAGCAGCAGCAGCAGCGGGGAGGAAGAGGAGGAGGAAGAGGCAGCAGCAGCCUAG